AUGGACCUGGUCAUCACACAGGAGCUGGCCCGCGCAGAGAGCCGCCAAGACGCAGAGGCCCUGGAACGAGCCUACCAGUUGAUCAAAUCUGCCAACCUGGGGAAGUCUGAGUUUGACCCCUCAGAAAGCUUCAGCCCAGACCUGUUUGUGCUGUGUGCAGAGCAGGCUCUCAAGAUGGGACGGCCAGAGGUGAGCGAGGACUGCAUCCAGAUGUACUUCAAGGUGAAGGGACCCGUCACCCAGUUUCUGGGCCGAGCACACCUGUGCAGGGCCCAGUUAUGUGCCCCACAGUCCGUGAACAACCUGGAAGAAUUUGAAAACUGUGUGACUCAGUACAUGAAGGCUAUAAACUUUGCCAAAGGAGAACCGAGGUAUUACUUCCUGGUGUUCAAUGCUUCGGUGCUGUACUGGCACAUGGUGAGGCCCUUCCUCAUCCCAGGAUACCACCACUUGGUGAUCCCCAGCCUCGCCCAGAUUGUCAGUGUGUUAAAUCAGACAGAGGAGGAAGACAAGGAGUGGCGAGCCGAGCUGAUGAUGGAGCUGCUGGACUGCUACCUGGAGGCGGGGAGGAAGGAGGACGCCGCCAAGUUCUGCACCACAGUGGCACCCUUCAUAAAGGCCAACGUGCCACACAAGUACCGGCAGAUCUUCUCCCUCAUGAUUCGUCAUGAAUUAAUGGAUGAGCUCCAGUUAAGGGAAGAAAAGAAGAGUUCCAUCAACCUGUCCGUCUCCUUCCUCAUCAACACGCUGAAGGCAAAACUGGAUAAAAAUGAAGUUCCAGAAGACUUCAGUGAAAGUCUGACAAAAGCCUAUAAAAAUUUAAGUCAGUACGAUCACGAGCAGUCUCCUGCAGCCAAGGAAGAAAAGAUGUCUUUGCUUUUUGAAUUAGCUCAUCUUUCUCUGGACCUGAAAUGUGAGGGGAUAGCCUCUGACUGCAUCUCAGAUCUGAGUGAAAUCGAGGACAAAGACUCUGUAAAGCCCAUUGAAAUCGAAUGUCUGGAAUGUGAAUUGGAGGCUCUGAUCCUUGAAAGCAGAGUGAAGGUCUACCUCCGAGAUGCUGUGGAGGACCAGCUGGACAUCAUCAACAGGCUGGACCUGGUGCUGCAGCGCGCCGUCCGCCUGGGCGACCCCCAGGCCGUGCAGGUGGUCUGCACCACCCAGUGGAACCUCUGCCUGCCCCUGCUGCAGCACAGCCUGAGGCACCACCUCCGCAGGCCGCUCACCAACGUGGCCGACGUCCUGGAGAAGGUGGACAGUCUCAUGACCCUGCUACGCUGCCAAGUGCACAUGGAGCUGGGGCACAUGGAGGAGGACGCGGACCAGCUGGAGACGGCCAUGGAGCACCUGCGCAAGGCCUCGGCCCUGGACACGCUGGGCGUCUACCAGGACAAGCUCAGGAUGGGCUUCAACCGGAUGCACCUGUGCACCAUGCUGUACCACUCCCCAGAGCGCGCAGAGGACAAGGCCAACAUGGCCAUCCAGCAGGCCAAAAAAGCUACGCACCCCAAAGACAGUGUGAGGAAGAAGCGUGCGCUGCUGGUGAACGCAGGACUGGCCCUGGCCCCUGACACCUUCCAGAUCGUGCUGGACAGCGAGAACGAAGCCAGAGUUUCCAUUGGGAAAAUCAAGGGCCGGUUUUCCAGCCUGUGUGCAAAGGCCCGGCAUCACAUCAUCAGUGUGGACAAGGCGAUCGGACACCUGCGGCGCCUGGGGAGCGAGAAUGAGAAGGAGAGGAUUCAGAUUUGGACGGAGUUGGCCAAGGUUGCUCGGAAGCAGGGCGUGUGGGAUGUUUGCCGGGCCGCCUGCCGCUUCUGCCUCCUCUAUGACAACAUCAAAGCCUGGAAACCAUUGAGAAUGAGGCGAGCACGGAAGAGGAAAGGUACUGAAGGCUCGGCGCAUGACGUCCUGGGCCCGGCUUCCACCAGUCAACAGAAGCACGUUUCCCAGGACCUGCUGAGGAAGUUCGCGGAAGUGGGGUUCAUCAGUGGCGAGGCCACGGUCCACUUGCUGCGUUCAGAAGGUGUGGAGCUGAAUAACCGGGCCAUUCCCCCUGAGGACACCAGCCAGCACCCAGCUGGCUACGUGCCGGAGCCCCCAGACACCAACCCAGAAUGGAUCGCGUACAGAACCUGGAUAGAAAACCUGUCCCAGUAUGCCAUGAAUAGCUGGCUGCGCUCUGCGGACAUCGGGCAGGAGAUCGGGGAGGCCUGGAUUGUGCAGAACGCCGCUGUCUAUAUCCUGAACCACAACCACCAUCUCAUCACAGCUAGGAGGCAGAAGGAGCUGGUGGAAGCCCUGUCCCACCUCCUGCGGGCGGUCAAGGUCACCGGGCACAGUGGGGACCCUGUCAUGUUAACCAUGCUCUGCAACACCCUGGCUCGGGGACUCAUCAUCAGCUGGAUUCCCACCCAGACGCCCGAAAAGUUGAAGAAGGGGAUGCGGCCAGUUAUGAUUCACACUCCAUCCGACUCCUCUGAGAUCAAAGAGGCCUUGGAGGUCUGCGAGUUUGGGCUGACCCUGACCAACGGCAGCAUGCCCGAGGAGGUGGUCCCCAUCAACAUGCGGCAGCAGCUCAUCGCCACCUGGGUGAAGGCCAAGCAGCUGCUGCAGCAGCAGAUCGGGCUGCGGCUGGGCGUGGAAGAGGGUGCUGAUGACGACAUCAGCUGCAUGACCCGAGUUCUGGUGGCCAUUGAGAUGUACUCCUGCAAUGGGCUGGGCCUCAUGGACUUCAACGUGCCUCCUCUGGCCCAGGUAGUGAAAAUGGCUUCCGAGUGCAACUGGUCGGACCCCCUGGUGGAGCUGCAGACCCUCACCCGCCUGACCCACUUUGCCCACGCAUCUCGCGACCAUGACGUCACCCUGUCCUGCGCUCAGAUGGCCACGCGUAUAGGCAUCCGAUACCUGAGGAUGAUUGACAAGGUGGAUGUGCCGCUGGUGGCUGAGAUGCUGUGCACGGCCUCCUGCAUACAGGGCCGGAGCAUCAUGGAGAACCUGAAAGGACGGAAGCAGCUGCGGCUGGCCGCGGCCAGGUCCUUUGUGGAGAGUGCCAAGUUUGGAGGCCUGGCAGGCAGCAGCGCUCUGGUGAUGCUGGCGGCCAGACACUACUGGAACACCUGGCUCCCGCUCCUGUCCUCGGCAGCCAACAGGAAGAAGGCCCGGGCCUCUGUCCAGAGGGUGAUCAGCAUCAUCAACAAGACGGAGGCCCAGAAGCCGGACAAAGGGAAGACCCUGCUCCUGCACCAGUGGCCCACAGCUGACUUCCAGGCCGGCUCCGUGGCUGAAGGCAACUUUCUGCCAGGUUGGUGGCUGCAGGGCCCGCAGGGCCACGAGGUCUGGGGGCUCUUGAUUUUCAAACACAUGGUCAUUGUGAAGGCCAAACUUGGGCAGAAUUUCACCAUGGAGAUUCAGAAGUUCAAGGAUGAAAGUGAAGACUACUUGGCACACAUGUGGCACCGCCUAGCCGUGAACUCCAAGAGCAUCCUGGGAGAGCUCACCUGCUACCAAAACGCCAUCCAGGCCCUGCAGAGGCCAGAGAGCAACCAGCAGAAGGUGGACUACAUCCUGGAGUUCAGCGAGUGGCUGUACCUCAGGCAGUUUCCUCUUGAAGAAAUCAUCGCCAAACUCACGUGGGCAAUUGGGCUCUUGCUGGCCAUGACGUCUACCCAAGACACAUCAGAGCCGGAGCCGGAGUCGGAAAACCUGGUCCACCACGCCCUGCGGGUGCCACGGACCUGGUCCACCACGCCCUGCGGGUGCCACGGACCUGGUCACCACGCCCUGCGGGUGCCACAGACCUGGUCCACCACGCCCUGCGGGUGCCACGGACCUGGUCACCACACCCUGCGGGUACCACGGGCCUGGUCCACCACGCCCUGCGGGUGCCACGGGCCUGGUCACCACGCCCUGCGGGUACCACGGGCCUGGUCCACCACACCCUGCGGGUGCCACGGGCCUGGUCACCACACCCUGCGGGUGCCACGGACCUGGUCACCACGCCCUGCGGGUGCCACGGACCUGGUCCACCACGCCCUGCGGGUGCCACAGACCUGGUCCACCACACCCUGCGGGUACCACGGGCCUGGUCCACCACGCCCUGCGGGUGCCACGGACCUGGUCACCACGCCCUGCGAGUGCCACGGGCCUGGUCACCACGCCCUGCGGGAGCCACGGGCCUGGUCACCACGCCCUGCGGGUGCCACGGGCCUGGUCACCACGCCCUGCGGGUGCCACGGACCUGGUCCACCACGCCCUGCGGGUGCCACAGACCUGGUCCACCAUGCCCUGCGGGUGCCACAGACCUGGUCCACCACGCCCUGCGAGUGCCACAGACCUGGUCCACCAUGCCCUGUGGGUGCCACGGACCUGGUCCACCACGCCCUGCGGGUGCCACGGACCUGGUCACCACACCCUGCGGGUACCACGGGCCUGGUCCACCAUGCCCUGCGGGUGCCACGGGCCUGGUCACCACGCCCUGCGGGUGCCACGGACCUCGUCACCACGCCCUGCAGGUGCCACAGACCUGGUCCACCACGCCCUGCGGGUACCACAGGCCUGGUCCACCACACCCUGCGGGUGCUACAGACCUGGUCCACCACACCCUGCGGGUGCCACAGACCUGGUCCACCAUGCCCUGCGGGUGCCACAGACCUGGUCCACCACGCCCUGUGGGUGCCACAGACCUGGUCCACCACGCCCUGCGGGUGCCACAGACCUGGUCCACCACACCCUGCGGGUGCCACGGACCUGGUCACCACGCCCUGCGGGUACCACGGGCCUGGUCCACCACGCCCUGCGGGUGCCACAGACCUGGUCACCACGCCCUGCGGGUGCCACGGGCCUGGUCACCACGCCCUGCGGGUGCCACGGGCCUGGUCACCACGCCCUGCGGGUGCCACAGACCUGGUCCACCACGCCCUGCGGGUGCCAUGGGCCUGGUCACCACGCCCUGCGGGUACCAUGGGCCUGGUCCACCACACCCUGCGGGUGCCACAGACCUGGUCACCAUGCCCUGUGGGUACCAUGGGCCUGGUCCACCACACCCUGCGGGUGCCACAGACCUGGUCCACCAUGCCCUGCAGGUGCCAUGGGCCUGGUCACCACGCCCUGCGGGUACCAUGGGCCUGGUCCACCACACCCUGCGGGUGCCACAGACCUGGUCCACCAUGCCCUUCAGGUGCCAUGGGCCUGGUCACCACGCCCUGCGGGUACCAUGGGCCUGGUCCACCACACCCUGCGGGUGCCACAGACCUGGUCCACCACACCCUGUGGGUGCUAUGGGCCUGGUCACCACGCCCUGCGGGUACCACGGGCCUGGUCAUCGCAAUCCUGGCCCGUGGCCUUAUCACUCUGUCAAAAGGAGGACAAUUAAUUCCAGAAAAGUCUGUAGCGGCGACCAGUUCACAAAUACUUUUGCCUAAAAAAGAGAAGGAGAAAGGCAAAGAGAAAGAGAAAAGUAAAGAGAAGGAGAAAGAAAAGGGGAAGGAGGAGAAGGAGAAGGAAAAGGAGAAGGAGAAGGAGAAAGAGAAGGAGAAAUGGAGAGAGAGCAAGCAGGUACUCAGUCCUGAGGGCAGCGGGUGGCCCGAAGAGUUACCAAGCAGCACCGAGGAGUGGGCCUCCUACAGCUGCCCCGAGGAGCUGCUGACCGUGCUCAGGCAGGACGACAGCGACUUCACGGUGAACGCAAGCAGCUUCCAGAAGCCGACAUACACGCUGUACUAUCUGGACCAGUUGGUGAAGGCCCUGAAGAAGAUGUUCCUCCAUGAGCUCACCGUCCCCCUCCUGCAGCUGGGGGUCCUCAUUGCGAACGCCGUGGUGGAGAGCAAGAGCCUCGCAAACCUCUACCACCUGAGGCUGGCCCAGGUCUGCUCUGACCUGCGGCUUCGUGACGCCGCUGCCUACCAUGAAGAGGUUGUUGGGCAGAUGUACAUCGGGGACACCGAGCAGGCCAGCUGCAGAAAAGAGAUUGCAUCUAAAAAGGAGAAGAUCAAGGAGCCCAUAGUAAAAGAAAAAAUGCCCAGUUUGAAGGGGUCGCCAGCACCAGUCCCUACUUGGAAGCCAGUGGAGAUAAAGCCACUGAUAGCCCAAGACAAGAUUCUGGAGAUAAACGGAGAGACUGGGAAGGGCCUGCAGGGGACUUCCUACCCCCUGCUGUGGACACUCAAGGCUGAAGUGCUACUGGACAUGGACCAGUUCCAGCCUGUGCGGCUGCUUCUGUCUGAGGCCCACCAGGCUUUCCAGGACCUGGAAGACCCAUGUGCACAGUCCCAGUGUCUGCUGCUCCUGGCACAGCUGGCCAACAAGGAGAACAACUACGGACGAGCGAGGAGAAUGAUCGAGAAGGCCCAGCAGCUGGGAGGGAGCGAGGAGUUCUGGUACAAGUCCACCGUGACCCUGGCUGAGGCCAUUCUGUCUUCAGAAGACACGGGGAAAGAAGUCUCGGUUUGCUGCCUGUAUCAAAAACUCAUCGAUGGCUUCAGAAUCCUCCAGAAAGAACGACCCAACCAGGAACCCAUGCUGGAGUUCUUCAUCUUGGACCUAGAGGCUAGGUGCGUGUACCUCCAGCUGAAGAUGGCCCAGGGCUCAGCCGCUGCCAGCGAGUCCCCGGAGGGCCUGUUCCUGCUGAAGGAGAUAGACAAGCACCUGGUGGACAUGGAGGAGAAGUGUUCCAACUGUGGGUACGAAACGGACUGCAUGAACGUGAGGAUUGCCCGUGCCAAGCUCAAGAGGUCGUGUGCCCGAAAGGAGAAAGACGAAGAACAGAAGAUCACCUAUUACCUGGAAGCCUAUGACGUGGCCAGAAGGGCCGUGGCUGAGGAGGAGGUGCUGUUCCACCGGGUUCAGGGGCUGCUGUCACUCCAGGACUUACAGAACGUGAACUCCCCGCUGAUGCGGAGGCUGGCGCGCCUCAAGCUCCGCCUGGGGAAGGCCUGCCUGGACCUCAUGCAGUUCAUGUGGCGGGAGAAGCUGGAGCGGCACCAGGAGCGCGGCUCCGUGGAGAAGCUGCUGGAGGACUUCAUGGAGAGCAGAGACGACUCUCCCAUCGGCCUGCAAUGGUUCACCCUGAAGCGGACCCUGGUGCACAUGUCGCUGGUGCAGCUAGAGAGCAUGCAGCCACUGUGCGUGGGCUGCGUGGAAAUCCGAGCCAAGUUCCUGGGCCUGGUCGGGAGAGCCCUGCGCCUGGUGGCGGUGCAGACAGACCCCGUGCGCUCCUCCUUCUGCUGGGAGGAAGGCCUCUUGAUGGGGGCCAAGGUGAGCCGGCUGCGAUCCCUGGAGAUGGAGGCCGAAAUAAAGAGCCCAGAGCCCUUCCCGCAGCCGCCAGCCUUCAAGGACGCCCCCAAGAAGCACAGCAAGAAGGCUGAGAGUCUGAAGAAGAGGAUGGUGAUGGCCCAGCGGUACCUGGCCCAGGCCUCGGAAGUGCUGCUGCAGUGCCUGCACACCGCCCUGGGCAACAAGCUCACAAAGAUCGCGGCCGCCGCCAGCCUGGAGAUGGUGGAGUGCACCGGCACCCUGGACCCCGCCACCACCUGCCAGUUUCUAGCUCUGUCCCAGAGUUGCUCAGCCUCGGAGAUGAUGCGGGAGGUGCUGCUCAAGGCCACGGCCAACACCAGCAGCUCACAGCUGGCAGCUUUGCUGCAGCUCCAGAGGCAGCUGAAGCAGCAGUACAAGACUUCCACCAGCCUGUUUGCCAGCAUGGAGCAGAAGCUGACCACCACCUUCAAGGCCUAUCAGAACCUCUGCGUCACUGAGCAGCACUUCAACUUCCUCAGCGAGAUUCCGCCCUCAGUCCAGGCUGUCUUCCUGCAUCACUCUCCAGACAUGUCCCGACUCUACGCGGCCGCCUACGAGAAGCCCAGGUCCAUGUCCACAGUCAAGGGCAAACUGCAGCAAGUAGGCGGGCACUGCAAAGUGAUGAAGAUGACGGUGAUCCCAGCGGCCUUCUCAGACCUGAUGGCCAAGUUCCAGCAGUUCCAGAAGCUGACCCAGAAUCAAGCUCGGGUACACGGCUGCGGUUUGUUGGGACAGGAUCUGGAGAGCCUGCCUGCUGAAGAGAGAGAACUCUGUCUGCAGAAGCUCAGCGGGGUCCUGGAGCCCAUGGAAGAUUACUUGCGGCCCAUCUUUCCCCUGCUGAACUUUCCAGAAGUCAGGAUUCCAAUUCCUGUGAUCGUGACUGAGCCAGGGAAGUCAAAGGGCAAAGAGAAGGAAAGGAAAGGGUCCAAUCCAACAGGUAGGUCCUCGGGGCUCCAGCCACAGCGGGCAGACCACACGAUCCUGAUCGCAGACAGGCACCUGCUGGAGCUGCCCCUGGAAGGCCUCUCUGUGUUCAACCAGGGCACAACCCAGUCUCUGUCCCGAGAAUUUUCCCUCCAGAUGCUGUGCAACCGCCUCCGUAAGGAGGAGACAGAAAGCAGCGUGAAAAGGGAGGGGAAAAGGAGAGACGCGAAGAAGAAAGGGAAGAGGGCAAAGGUAGGCGGCAGGGGCUCGCCCCGGAUAAUCCCUCCAAACUGUAUCCUCAUCCCCUCAGACGGCUUCAAGUUUGUCAUUGACCCCUACGGGGAAGCCCAGGGCAAAGAAGCCCUGGACCCUACUUUUGUGACCCAGGAAAUUUUGGAAAGAUUUCAAGAUUCGUUUACUGAUCAGUGGGAGGGGCACCUGGGCAACCAGAACUUUCCAAGCCAGGCCGACUGGGAGCAGGUCCUGUCCAGCUGCUGCGGCUUCUUCUUCUACGGCAUGGAGAGCUUCCUGGCCCACAUACUGGUGGAGAGACUGGUGGCCAUGAAUCUGCAAGAGUGCCAGCUGAUGGUCUUGCUGGACAAGACAACGUCCCACAAGAGCCGGCGGAGGAAGGUGGAGAGCUCCGAAAGCAAGAGGUGCUGCAGUGUGACCUUGGAUAAGCCCAUUGAGACCGCCAUCCUUCUGAGCCUGGUGGGAGUCAAGAGCAUCAUGGCCAACCAGUGGGCAGCACAGCUGGCGGACAACGCCCUGAGGGCCAACAUCCUGUGGGAAAACCUGCUGACGGUUGGCAAGACGGUUGGCAGAACCGUCUACCUCCUGCAGAAGAUGAAAUACGUUGAAAUGGCGACCGAAGCUGGGGACUGGGAGGGUGCCGGCUGGGCCCUCCUGGCGUUCCGUCACCCCGACGAGACUCCGUACACCACCGUGGAGGAGGUGGCGACCCCCCGGGUGGAGUCUCCAGACACAGAGCCGCACCCCAUGGCCCUCAGCCUGGUCCUGUAUGGGCUGCCCCACCAGGCCAUCAUAUGA